AUGAAAAAAUUUAUUGUUGUGUUAGCAUUCUGCGUUCUCUUUAUGGCUGUUAUUACCCGAGCUGAAGAUGAGGAAGAGGAAGAGGAAGAAGAGUAUGAGGAUGAGGAAGAGAGCUGGGAUCCAAGAUUAUUUGCAUCAGCUAUGCAAUUGAACAAUAAUAACGUUGGUGAUAUUAAUAAUGUGAAAGUAAACUUUGAGGGCGAACUACACAACAAGAUGUCUUCUGAUAUUAUCACAAUCAUUGCUCAAAUCAUGAAUGGCGAGUUGGGAUUGGGAGAUGAUGAUGAAGAUGACGAGGAAGACGAAGACGACGAAGACGACGAAGAUGAAGAUAUCGAAGAAUGUCCAGAAGAAGGAAUCAAGUUCAUUAGUCACCCAGAAAAUUGCGAGAAAUACAUUUUGUGCAUUGAAGGUGAUGAAGUUGCUCAACUCGAAUGUCCAGAUGGCUUACACUUCUCCAGAGAUCUCCGUGCUUGUACCGAUCCAGAAGAAGCUGAAUGCGAAUAA